AUGGCGAGCGGCGAUAGCGGACUCACAACCCAGGGCUUCCUUGGAUGGGGUGCAGACGAGGAGGUGGCCCAGGAGCUGGAGACGGAGGAGGAGUCGGAGGGGGAGGAGACGGCGGCCGAGUCGGAGGAGGAGCCCGACGCCAGGUUAUCAGAUGAGGAUGAAGAGGGCAAGACCAAGCAGGAGUGUAUCGUCUCUGACCCAUCCUUUUCCAUGGUUGCAGUUCAACGGGAAGACAGUGGGAUAACCUGGGAAACCAACUCAAGCAGAUCUUCCACUCCUUGGGCCUCAGGAGAAAGUCAGACUUCGGGAAUAUGUAGUUUGGAAGGGUCAGCUCUGACUUCUCCUCCAGGAAGUGUUUCCUUUAUUAUGGAUGAAGUUAAAAGGACACGGAAAAGAACUCAGAAGUCCAAGCGUGGUUCACCAUCAUUGCGUCGGAAAGGCAGCAAAAAGAGAAAUUCUCUGGAAUCGCAAGAUGUUCUGACAAACCAAGAAGGUGGUCCUUUAAUUUCAGAAAGCCCUGUGCUCAAUACUGAGAAAGAAAAGUCAUCUAUUGGUACUUAUGAUAAAUCAAGAAGGAAGAAGACUGCAUCAAAUACGCCUCCCAUCACUGGGGCUAUCUACAAAGAGCACAAACCAUUAGUAUUAAAGCCAGUCUACAUAGGAACGGUACAGUACAAAAUAAAGAUGUUCAAUUCAGUUAAAGAAGAGUUAAUUCCUCUACAAUUUUAUGGGACAUUGCCAAAAGGUUAUGUAAUUAAGGAAAUACAUUACAGGAGAGGGAAAGAUUCAUCCAUUAGUCUAGAGCCGGAUUUGAGCACUAGUGGUUCUAACAUAGUUUCCCAAAGGAAAUUAGCCCAGAGCCCAGGAGAAGACACGGCAAGAGAGCCUGCUCCACCGUGGAGAGGUGCCCUCUCCAAAGGGUCCAUGACCUCAUUGUUUAGUCACGAAGAGCAAAAGAAAACGUAUGUCGAUUCCCGCUUAAAUGCUACAUCUUCAUCAGAACACACAUUUCCCUCUUAUUCCAGAAAUGAUACAGCAGAUCAAGAAGAACAUCCCAGACCUCCACAGAUGGUGCCACAACAGUCAGCUGAUGAAUCAAAGACCCACAGAACAGAACCACCCAGCACUCCAGCAACCAUGGUCCCUGAAAGAGCAAAGAAAGAACUAGAACAGAACUCACAAGAAAUGAAAAGUUCAGAGGAUGAUGCUACAGUCUUGUCAGGCUCAGUUGAUGAUGGGAGACAGGAAGGCACGGUUUCUGUCAACAAUUCCAUGUCAUGGGAGGCAGAAAAGGAGUCUUUGGAGACAGGACCACCAAGACCAGCACCAGCCAUCCAAGAAAGGUUUGAACCAGACAUGGAAGGGCUAGAGCCGAUUUCAACAGAAGAAAUAGAACAAGUGUCUGAAUAUGUGACCUCAUCUGAGCCCAUAGCCCCCAGAGAAGAGGAGCAUGCGCCUGAGCCCAUAGUCCAUAGAGAGGAGGAGCAUGCGCCUGAGCCCAUAGUCCAUAGAGAGGAGGAGCAUGCGCCUGAGCCCGUAGUCCACAGAGAGGAGGAACAUGCGCCUGGGCUCACAGUCCACAGAGAGGAGGAGCAUGCGCCUGAGCCCAUAGUCCAUAGAGAGGAGGAGCAUGCGCCUGAGCCCGUAGUCCAUAGAGAGGAGGAGCAUGCGCCUGAGCCCAUAGUCCAUAGAGAGGAGGAGCAUGCGCCUGAGCCCAUAGUCCAUAGAGAGGAGGAGCAUGCGCCUGAGCCCGUAGUCCACAGACAGGAGGAACAUGCGCCUGGGCUCACAGUCCACAGAGAGGAGCAUGAACUUGAGCCACCUCUCUCCCUUGCAUCACAAGAACUAGAGAGGGGAGUGGAAACUUCUACACCAAUCAUGGAUACCACUGAACCCGAAGAUUCUAGUCUAGAAGAAGAAAUCAUAGAACUUGAUUUCCCUGAAAGUCCUUUAGUUUCUGAGAAGGCUUCCCCAUCGCCUUUGUCCCCUGAAGUGGAGCACAGAAAAGAGUCCAUUCUACCAUCACAGAUGACAUUCACACCUGAACAUAUCACUUUGUCUGAGGAAGAAACAGAGGAAAUCGAGUCUGUUUCUCCUGAUUCUGCUUUUGUAUCUGAAUAUUCAGUCCUACAGGAUUUGAACCGUAAACCAGAGACGCUAGAAGUAGAGGCAGUCUCUGUAUCUGAAGUGAAAUCUAGCUCUGAACCUGCAGUCUUUUCAGAGGAUGACGAGGAACGUGAGUCUUAUUCCCCAGCUGUGACCUCUGUAUCUGAGCACUCUCUCUCUCCAUCCACCACAGAGAAGACACCUGCCACCCAGUUCCCACUCUUUUCAACAGUUUCACCAGAUGAUCUGGUCCUGUCUGGAGAUGAGGCCCCAGAGAGUACGCGCCACUCACCAGAUUCCGUAUCUGUGGCUGAGUAUUCUGGUCCAGAGCAUGUGCAAGAGUUGCUGGUGCGAACAGGUGGCCACAAGCUCCCAUUAAAGUCCCAACAUGUUUCUGAGCCCAUUAUUCAGGCAGAAGAUGAGAAAGAAGACAUUGGGAUACUUUCCCCAGCUGUGGUGAGACAAGCAGCUCUAUCGGAAGAUGAGGGUCUGGAAAGUGGAAGUUUCACAUCAGAUUCAAAACUGGCAUUUAAACCCUCAGUUCCACAGAAUGCAACACAGGAAUCCCCCCCAAAGACAAUAGAUGACAUGUCCCAGUUUGAACCAAAAGUUCUUUCUGAGCCUGCAACCUUGUUAGGAGAAGAAAAGGAAGCCUUUGGGGUAUCUUCAUCCAGUGAGGUCUCUGCAGAUGACCGUGCUCUCCUCCCACAAACCACUGAGCUGCUUUCUGAAAGUCAGGCCCCACCUCCCUGGGCCACCUCAUCGGAACAUGUGGUCCUGUCAAAAGAAGGGAGCAGAGAGGACCAGCAGCGCUCAUUCUCUUCCACACCAGAGCUUGUCCCCACAUCUCCUCUGCUUUUGAAGGGUGCCUCCUCACCCGCAGGUCUAUCAGAGCAAGGGCAGGAAGAAGACAACAUUGGGCCCCUUUCCCCUGAUUCUGCGUUUGCGUCAGAAUUCUCAUUCUCACCCUAUCCAACUCAGGAACUAGAGAAAAGAGAGCUGGGGCGUGAUUCUCCACUGUGCUUGACGUCGCCCUCUGAGCACACUGUUCUGUCUGAUGAGGACACCGAAGAGGCUGAACUCUUUUCUCCAGAUUCAGCAUCACAGGUUUCAAUCCCACCAUACAGAAUCGCAGACACAGAGGGAAACGUAGUCGAGCCAGAUGAAUUGCUGUCUACCAGGCCUGCUUCAGACUAUCCCUAUGUCUCAGAGGCAGAUGAAGAAGAGACGGGGUCCUCAGUGGUCACGCCUGUGCCCGAGCAUGCUGAUCCAUCACAGGAACGGAAAGAGGAGUCUUUCCCUUUUAUGCCUGUGUUUGAAGAUCUGAGCCUGACACCUUCAACAGAUUGGACAGGCCAAGCAGAAACUGUGCCAGAUGUUCCAACAAUUUCAACCUCUGUAUCUGAAUAUCUCAUCCUGGCACAGCAGCAGAAAACUCAAGCAUCUUUGGAGCCUGAAGCUGAAGAUUCGGUACCACCACCUUUAACCAGUGAAGGGGAGAAGAGAGAGGCUAAGAGUAGUUCACCAGCAGUCAUGAUAGCAGCUUCUUCAUCUUCACUCUCGUCGGUGGUAAAGGAAGAAUUUUUGCCCAUAUCCAUUUUGCCCACAUCUCAGUCCUCAGUUUCACCUGAGUCAGCCUGUGUGCUUAAGACAGAACAGGAACCCAAGGCUUCACUCACUGUAACAAGUGCAGAUGAACAGAUGGCUUUGCCCAAAGUCGGAAGGGAAGAAACUGUGCCGGAUUCUCAAGAGGCAACAGCACACGAAUCACAGGAUCAGACACCAGAGCCUCAGCCCCCAAAUGUUCCAGGGUCUGGGAUGAAAUAUUCAGUUUUGUCUGACUUGGGAGAUGAGCCAAAGGCGGAUGUCAAACCCAAUUUAGCUCCAACUGUGACUUCUGAACUAGAACAGAGAAUGUUGUCAAAGAAUGAGCCUGAAGUGGCAAAACCAUAUUCACCUCCAGAGGAAACAUCUAUUUCUGGACGUAAGGUUUUAUCUGCAGUGAAAACAGAAGUGAAACAGGAGUCCAAAUCCAGGGACCUUCCUGCAGCUUCAUUGGGAACAGAGAGGGAAGUCGAGCACCCACCUGUACCACCAGCACUUCCAGCUUUGUCAGAGGAAAUGCAGAAAGAGACCAGUCUCUCUGCCACCACAGUGCCAGUAACUAAGCUUGACUCAAAUUCAACUGAAUUAGGCAGAGAUGAAAUCCUGACAGAUCCAUCUCUCGCCAGCCCUGUGGAACGCCCAGGCUUAAAGGGAGCAGGGAAGAGUGAGUUAGGACGUGGUUUGCCAUCGCCCAGCUUGUCUGUCUCAGCGGUGUUAGGGCCUGAACCUAAACAUCCCAUCAACUCAGGUAGUGAGGUAGAGAGAGAAGAUAGUGAGCCUCCGCCAUUGCAAGUGUCACCCACACCCAAAUUCACAGUGCCAAAUGACAAUCCCAAGGAGAUAAUAAGGUCUCCUAAUUCUGAAAAUGUAGUGUUAGAUGAUUUAGUCCCAACAUUGCUGGCCCUCGGAGAUGAGUCAAACAGACAAGGAGAGGAGAUAUCUUCUCCAGUUCUGGGGAGUUUCCCAUCAGGAAAGCAGGAACUCAUAAAGAUCCCCCCAGAGCCUAAGAAGUACAAACAGUCAUCAGAAGUGCCAACUGCUGCAUCAGAACUUAUUGACAGUAGAGACAGAGAUGGAUCCUUAGGUAGAGAACCAGUAAAACCCACUGGAACUGAACCAGGGCCUUCUAUCUUAGAAAAAGGCCUCACUGAGCAUAGGAGCAGAGGAAAAGAAAACGAAGAAAACAGGGAGCUUCCUGUGCCUGCUACAUCUCCAUUAGAGACUGCUUCUUUUGACCUCCCCAUAGAGCAAACAGAGCUUAAAAAGACCCUUCAUGAGGGUCACACUGUUAAGGUACCUGAUGUGAGCAGCUCUUUUACAGGUAAACCAGAUCUGGGUAUUAAACAAUUAGCAGAGAAGAAAGAGAAUUUGGAACAACCAAAGCCAUUAAUGACAACUGAGCCUGACAGUGUUACAGGAACAACAGUGAAGGAGACUCUCGUUUCUCCAAAAGAUAACACCUGGAUGCUGGAAAAGCCAGAUGGCUUCGCCAAUGAGCAUGAAGGUAGAAAACCAGGAUCCAGCCAGCUGGCAUCAUCUGAGAGCAGUGAUCUGAUGCCAGAGAAAGUUGGGGCUGCUCCAUUGGAUACAGAUCACACCACACUGGGCAAAAACCAAGAAGCAAGCAUAGCACCAGUGUCUGGUGAGAAGCCAUCUCAAGAACCCAGACAGAUUCAGUCAGAGGCCGGAGAUGAUGCUGAGGAAAGGAGAAAGACAGCCUCUGAUGUGGAAGUACUCACUCCAAAUAAAUCUGUCCCUGCUGAGAAAGCAAAUAUCACACCUCAACCUCCAGAGACCCCAGUGGUGUCACAAAAGCCAUCUGAGAAGUCACUGGUCUCUGAGCAAGGUCUUCCUGCAGAGAAGGGAAAGAAAGGGAUUUCAUCUUUCAAGUCAUGGAUGUCUAGUUUAUUGUUUGGAUCAAGCACUCCAGAUAAUAAGGUCACUGACAACGAAGCUCCAGAAUCACAGCCAAGUCCCUCUGUAGAGAAAGUAGUAACUGCUGUAGAGCCUAAAGGUACAGUUCCUGCUGAGGUUAAUGCAGCUGAGAAACCAGGGGUUCAUUCAUUACCUGAGGUCACAGUUAAACUGGCUGAGGAACCCAAGGGUGUUUCAGCUAAAUCCAGUGAAAGUCAAAACCUUAAAGAAAAACUCACAUUUUUAUCAAAUGCAGAUGUUUUAAAGCAGCCUACAUCUAACUCUGAAAACUAUGGGAAGAAAGAGCUCCCAGGCUUUUCAGAGGGAAUGGGUGAAAGCUUAGCUACUUUAGUUGGUGACGAACAUCCUGGAAUUCACCCUCAUUCCCCUGCGAGUGAGAAAGUAGGUAUGGACGAAGCCCAAAACAUGGUUCCUCUUCAUAUUACUGAGAGCCAAAGACGUCAGAAGCCAGAGAUCUCUCCCCCAUCUAUGUGGAGUAUUUCUGCUCUUAAGGAAGAGCCAAGCAGUGAUCACAAAGAAGCAUGGCUCUUGUCAUCUGACGUAGUAGAUAGAAUGCCACAACAGCCAAAAUCAGCUCCAUCCGCCUUCACAAGGAUGGACUCAGAGAAGCCAGCACCAAUGAUUUUGCCAGUGGAAUCAAAAGGCAGUUUAAUUGAUCUUGGUGAAGACAGACUGAGACAAGAAAUGCCAAAACCCACUUCUCUGGAACAUCGUGAAGAGGAAGUGGAACGCCCAACGGAGGAGAAGGAUGGCUGGGGAACUAGAUCAUUUUCCUUGGCAGGGAAGAGGGGGCUGGCAGAGAAGCAUGAAAUCAUGGCUCCCUUGGAACUCAGGGAAAAUAAAGCAGUAGGAGAGUUGCAAACGAUGCCGGAAUCGCGACCUUUCAAAUUGGAAGAAUCAAAAGCUGCUGAGAGGCUGGGACAGCGCAUCUCUCCCAGUGAAGAGCUCAUGGAAAAACCCAGCGAGACUCUUGCUUCAGAGAGGAGAGAAAAGGAAGUGCAGGAAUGGGCAUUUUCAGAAGGAGAGAAGCAGGAAUACCUAUCCUACUCUCCCCCUGCAGCCAUGCCUGUGCCUGAAGCAUCAGCUGUCUCUUUGGAUAAGGUCCAACCACCUUCACCAGCUAAAUCACCACCAGUUAUUGAAAAACCAGAACAUAUAUUCACAGAGGCAUACCCAAAGAUUAGAGAGAGAAAGGCAGCAGAAACUCAUCCACAUCCCCAAGAAGAAGGUAAAACCUUAGGAGAGAAAGCCAAGGUUUCCAGUGUGGAGCCUCCCCAUGGAGAGGAAAUGGAUUCUUUUACUCAGGGAGGAAAUCUGGAGUUGGAAAAGUCACAUGAGAGUAGAGUGGAUCUCAAAGAGGAAAGGAGGCAGCUUGUGAUGCCAGAGUUGUCCCUUGGUGCUUCAGUGGCUGCUGAAGAUGGAAGUGUGCAGCCCAGCCCCCUAUCUAAGGAUGCUGAGAGGACAUCAGAGGGCAUGACUGGUGAAACAAAGAAUGUAAGAGCACCGUCGACUCAGCUGUCAGUCAUAGAACCACAAACUCUUGUUUUAGGAACGUCUCUAAAACAUACAGCGAAGAAACAAGAAACAUGGUCAGACAGGCCUACAGUCCACACUAUCCAGACAUCUAAAGAUCACCCAGAAGAGAUGCCGAAACAGUCUGUUCUUAUUUCAAAGCAUCACAUGGGAGCUAUGGAGGAUGUGCACAGAAAUGAGCCACCAGCUUCAGCAGCAAGCAACUAUACUCAGUUUAUGCUUAGUGCAUCAGCAAUCAGUGCUGAUGGAGUGUCUCCUAUGGGAGGUACACCCCAGGAGCCUGAAGGCACCUCUGUGAAAGAUGAAGAAUUUUCAGUAACCAGCAAGCCAGCUGGACUUUCAGAAGAUCAGAAGAGUGCCUUUAGCAUCAUUUCCGAAGGCUGUGAGAUAUUGAAUAUUCAUGCCCCUGCCUUCAUCCCUUCAGUGGAUCAGGAAGAAAGUGAACAAAUGCAAGAUAAGUUAAAGUAUUUGGAAGAGAAAGCCUCAUUUAAAAGCAUAUCUGUUCAUGAUGAGAGGAAGGCAGCUGCUUCCGGUAAAACACAGAAGAGCAAGUUAGAAGUUCCUGAUAGGAAAAUCACAUCACUGAUGGAAAACAAGCCAAAGGAAACUCAUAAGACAGACGAGGAGAUAGCCACAGACUUAGAAAUGGGUGACUUCACAUCUGCCCAACCCACUGUUUCUGGUGAAGAAGAUUAUUUUGAAAAAUAUACUUUGAUUGAUUAUAACCUCUCCCCUGGCUCAGAAAAGCAGAAAUCAACUGUUGAGGAAUCCUCAGAGGAAGCCACAGAAACUCUGACUCCUUUCCCAGAAAGUUCAGCUGAACAGCCCCUAGACCACAAAUAUGACUUAGUCAAGUUAGAUGAAAGCUUUUACGGGCCCGAAAAGGACGGUAGCAAUUUAUCUCAUGCAGAAAUGCAGAAAUCUUUGGUUAUCCAAAAACCAGAUGAUAGAAAUGCUCCAAAGGGUAUCAGUAGAGAUGUGGACUCCAGGUCUCCUGGGAUGCCUUUAUUUGAUGUGGAAGAAGGAGUUCUGUCAAGAAGACAGAUAUUUCCCACCACCGCCAAGCCUGUCAACCCCGAGCUGCUAGAGGAGCCACCCGCACUUUCCUUCUUCUAUAAGGAUCUGUAUGAAGAGGCAUUUGGGGAGAAAAAUGAAGGAGAAACGGCUUCAGAAGGUGACAGUGUGGAUUCUGAGACAUCAUUUCCAAGGAGAUAUUCUGACACCGAUGACGGAACGGGUAUGUAUUUUGAGAAGUACAUACUCAAAGAUGACAUUCCUCAUGACAAAUCUGUAACUCAAGAAGAUCAAGGCCAAGGCCUGGAAGAAAAGCCAGUUGGUGAAGAGGAUUCACAGCAACUGAGAGUUGCAGAAAGAGAAAUCGGGAGAAAGCCUGAAACUAGUUUUUGGGAGAAGAAUCUGGAAGAACAGUACAAGGUGGUUGACAGGGAAGGAGAACCCAUAGGCCACAUGGAUACCCUUGAUGAGGCAGCAAUGCAGCAGAAAGCUCCCAUUACAGAGCAAGUCAGAGCAGUCACCCAGAAGAUGAGCUACGCAGUUCCAUUCGAAGAUACCCACCAUGUUCUGGAGAGUGAGCCAAGCAGUCAGGGUAAUGAAACAGGAAAUGCAAGCCCAGAGGUCAAUCUAAAUGUCCCAGUACAAGUGUCUUUCCCAGAGGAAGAAUUUGCAGCAGGUGCCACUUAUUCUCCUGAAGUAUUGCAAGAGGAGCUGGUCCCAUCUAUUUCAUGUGAAGAGAGGCUCCACAAUAUUCCUGUGCAGGAUGAGUAUGACUUUGUUGACUCUCUGAAUCAGGAAACGGCCAGUCAAGGUAUCUUACCAGAAGAACCAUGUUCAGAAUCUUCAUCCAAAGAAGUGUUAUCUCAAGAAACAGAAUCUUUUGAGCACAUCAGGGAACAAGAACUCAUGAGUGAGGAGGAACUGAGAAUGUCUGCUUCACAGGAAGAAUGGGACAGAAGGGGAGAAGACCAGUCAGCGACAGAAUCAGUGACUGCUAAGACACAAAAGGAACAGAAAAAGGCCCAGGUUGAAUCUUACUGCUAUACCUGCAAAAGCCUGGUUUCUGAAAUGGACAAGGUGCUGGACAUUCACAAAGACCACGAGGUUUCAGCACUCGACACAGCUAUAAGUGCUGUUAAGGUUCAAUUAGGAGAAUUUCUUGAGAACCUACAAGAAAAAUCCUUGAGGAUUGAAGCUUUUGUUACUGAGAUUGAAUCCUUUUUUAAUACCAUUGAGGAAAAGUGUAGCAAAAAUGAGAAACGACUGGAAAUGCAGAACGAGGAAAUGAUGAAGAAAGUUUUGGCACAGUAUGAUGAGAAAGCACAGAGCUUUGAGGAAGUGAAGAAGAAAAAGAUGGAGUUCCUGCAUGACCAGAUGGUCCACUUCCUGCAGAGCAUGGACACAGCUAAGGACACCCUGGAGACCAUCGUGAGAGAGGCCGAGGAACUUGAUGAGACAGUUUUCCUGGCCUCAUUUGAGGAAAUCAAUGAAAGGCUGCUGUCUGCCAUGGAGAGUGCAGCUUCCUUAGGAAACAUGCCUGCCGCGUUCUCGCUUUUCGAACAUUAUGAUGACAGCUCGGCGCGGAGUGACCAGAUGUUGACACAAGUGUCUGUUCCACAGCCUCCGAGACUAGAACCCCAGGAACCAAAUUCUGCUACCAGCACAACAAUUGCAGUGUACUGGAGCAUGAGCAAGGAGGAUGUUGUGGACUCAUUCCAGGUCUACUGUGUAGAGGAGCCACAGGACGAUCAAGAAAUGAAUGAACUGGUAGAAGAAUACAGAUUAACAGUGAAGGAAAGUUGCUGUAUAUUUGAAGACUUAGAACCCGAUCGCUGUUAUCAAGUGUGGGUGAUGGCUGUCAACUUCACCGGAUGUAGCCUGCCCAGUGAAAGAGCAAUUUUUAGAACAGCACCCUCCACGCCCGUGAUUCACGUAGAAGAUUGUACUGUGUGUUGGAACACGGCCACUGUCAGAUGGCGGCCCGCUAACCCCGAGGCCACAGAGACCUACACUCUGGAGUACUGCAGACAGCACUCUCCUGAGGGCGAGGGCCUGAGAUCUUUCUCCGGAAUUAAAGGACUCCAGCUCAAAGUUAACCUCUCCCCCAACGACAAUUACUUCUUCUAUGUGAGAGCCACCAAUGCCUCUGGGACUAGCGAGCAGAGCGAAGCUGCCCUCAUCUCUACCAGAGGAACUAGAUUUCUCUUAUUGAGAGAAACAGCUCACCCAGCUCUCCAGAUCUCCUCGAACGGGACGGUGAUCAGCUUCUCGGAGAGGAGACGGCUGACAGAGAUCCCCUCUGUACUGGGUGAGGAGCUGCCUGCCUGUGGCCAGCAUUACUGGGAAACAACAGUCACAGACAGUCCAGCCUAUCGACUUGGCAUCUGUUCCAGCUCAUCGGUGAGGGCUGGCACCCUGGGACAAGGGGAGACCUCAUGGUACAUGCAUUGCUCUGAGCCACAGAGAUACACAUUUUUCUACAGUGGCAUUGUGAGCGAGGUACACGCAACUGAGCGUCCAGCCAGAGUGGGCAUUCUGCUGGACUAUACCAACCAGAGACUUCUAUUUAUAAACGCCGAGAGUGGACAGCUGCUCUUCAUCGUGAGGCAUAGGUUCAGUGAGGGCGUGCAUCCUGCCUUUGCCCUGGAGAAGCCUGGGAAAUGUACUCUGCAUCUGGGCUUAGAGCCCCCGGAUUCUGUCAGGCACAAGUGAUCCUGGGCAUUCAGAGUUUGUAAGAAUAGGAGUAAGAAUUUGGGGUACAGAGCUGUCAUUCUGUCUUUCAGGCACUGUGCGUUAUUCAGAUAGUCUCCCACACACCUGCACCGACAAUAGCUCUGGGUGUCACAGUCAGCAUGUGUGGAAAGCCAGGGACCCUGUGCCAUGGAGCAGCAUGUGAGCAGAGGGGGUGGAAACACAGCCGCCACACUUGGUUCACAGUUGUUUCCUAAAUCCAAAGGAUUUACACUUGACCCGGGAACCCAAACCAGAGAAAAGAGUUUGUGCCUGCUCCUCUGGUCAAAUAAAUUGCCCGGUAGCCAGGUCAGAGGGGAGGGAGGUUGUGUCCCUGGCACAUCUCCUCUUACAAAGAGACACCAACUUCUCCCACAGGAAAACGUCAGCUUACUUCAUUAGACGAUAAUGAAUCUUAGUCAUUAGAGAAAAUGUUUUAGCUGAUCUAAAUUUACAACGGAAUCUUUUAUUAUCACGUAUGCUAUAGAAUGCAAACCUCACUUCUCUGAAAAUGGAAAUGUAGAAAAGUACUAGAUAUCGGAGAUGUCCAUUUUGUUAAAUAAAUGGCUAGCA